AUGAAAGAUUGGUCCACCAGCGACGAUCCCACUUUUGUCGAUCAUUACGCUAAAGAUGGUGGUGGUGGUGGUGGUGGUGGAAGGGGGAGAGGGAGAGGAAUGGGAAGAGGAGGGUAUGGAAUGGGAGGUUUAGAUGACAGGUAUGACUACAACGUGCCCUACCACGAACCUCACCAGAUGCAUCAACGUUCCACCUCCAGUUCCGGUGGUGGGAGUGGUCCCUCCCACAGCCAGCCGGUCACCUUUGGCAACUACUGCAUCGACUUCCUGAAGGGAACAUGCUCCAAGAGCACCACCUGCUCCCUGAAACACGUGGAGACAAUUGAUGACCCAGAUGAGAGGUCUGGUCUUGUGAAACAAGUCUUUUGCCACGACUUUCAAAACAAUGCAUGCAGCCGGCCCUUCUGUAAAUUUCUCCAUGGGACUAAAGAGGAAGAGAAAUCAUUUCUGGAACUGGGCUUCUUUCCUCCAAGCGUCAAUGCCCGCAAUAGUGAGAAGCUCUUUUUCUCUGAUUUUUGCAUCGACUUUCUGCGCAGCCAGUGUGUCCGUGGGUCCAGCUGUAACUUCAAACACGCCUCCAAAGUUGAUUCGUUCAACGAGCGUAUCGCGCUGAGUCGCUCCAUCUUCUGCCGCGACUUCCAGGAGCAGGGCUGCACUCGCUACAGCUGCAAGUUGAUCCACACCAAGCGACAGGACGAGCAGUACUUCCUGCGUACGGGGACCCUCCCCGAUCACCUCUGUCUCACGCCAGGCCCGGGCAACAUAGACGUCAGCCACCUCGCCGGGAACGUGUGUCGCGAGUUUGUCAAGAACAAGUGUAACCGCGGCGGGAUGUGCAAGUUCUACCACCCCACACCGGCAGAGCUGCAGAGUCUCCUGAGCAGCUCGGGUGGCAUCAGCAGACCCACGGGUGGAGGGGAGCCGGCCGAGGACGAGUUUGUGGUCCUCCUGCGAGAGAACAACACCCUGAAGGAGCGGAUCUCUCAGCUGGAGCGACUCCUGGCCGACGCCUGUCACUGCAUCACUCUGGCCGUGGGCGACCAGAACCCAGCCAUUGCAGCUCUCAUGAAGACCAUAGCUGAGAUGGCUCCCUCCAGCUCUCUAGCUAAUCAUAAUGACGGCCAGGGCGGAGACAACAGAACCUAG